CCUUACCUGACGAUGGCAAACAUGUACAGGCCUGCUUUGACGCUACCAUGUUCACUCUACAAAAUCACUCAACCCACAAUUUGACGGUGAUGCUCUACGUCACUGGCGCGCCAUUCGUGUACCAAUCCUGCCAACAAAGAAAUGUCUCAAACGACCUCUCAUUCCUUCACUCAUGGCGAAGAUAGCUGUCGUCAACGAUUUCGUAUUCUGUCUUACUCACGGUAGUGAGGUCUGCAAUAAAUGCUACUUUGAUCAUAGAACGACCAACAAUCAGCGGAUGAAGAAGCAACUCUCCAAGGCAUUCCCGAAGCUAUCCGAACAGGACCUCUUGGUGCGUUUACUGGUAUGAAUUUCUUGUCUUGGCAUGUUACUCGAGCUUUCAAUCCAGGAUCGUCCACCUCUAAGUAAUGCACUCGUCCUUGCACUCGAUUCCGGAAAAAAGGAUCCCAGCGGUCUGAUUUUGUAUCAGUGCAGAUUGCAUAACACGACGAAUUGUAAGACAUGCUUUGACUGGAUCAAUCUCGCAAUAGCAAAUCUCAAGAAAGCCUCAACACGCGGCAAUGUCAUCGCUAUCGAAGCUACACGAGAGGAGAAAUUGGGCUUUCUUUCAUCCAUGGGGGUCGAACUUUCACCAAACACACGCCUACCGGAAGAAGCUGUUGACAAACGGCUGAGAGGGGCGAUAGAUGGGGCUCAAUACUUUUACAGUGUCAUCGAUGAGGUUCCUGUAAACCCCGCUUCCUUUCCUAUGUGGUCAAAAACGGAUCCUGAAAACAAACCUCUCGUACUGGCCGUGCGCCGUGGCAAUUUCGCCGAGGUCACAGCGAUGUUGAAGGCACGCGGUGAAAACCCCUUUCCGCUGUACCAGAAUGCAUUUAUGGACGUUCGGCAGACUUUGAUGACUCUGGGGAAACAUUUUGACGACGGUCACCCCGAGGCGGUCCUUCAGGACAAAGGCCAUGAUUAUGCCAUCUGUAUGCGAGUGUUGGAAGUACGAAAAGUCGCUCUAGAUGUGCCUAUGUUUGUGGUAACAUACGGUCGUGGAGCCCACAAUCAGCCUCUAAGCCCCACCUUUGGAUGGAUAUCAGAUGUUAUUGCCCGUAGUCAGAGCAACAGUACCAAAAUUGGAUUCCCGCAAAUCAUUUCUACUCCAGAGGAGCAAAACCUUCUACUUAGCAUCCUUCAAGUCAAUUCAAAGCGUCUCUCUGCUGACUAUGUCCCCGACCUUCGCAAAACUGAAAAGCGCUUUAUGGUUUCCUUCUUCCUCCCUAUCGGUCCCCUUUCUCAGCUGGAUAUCGGAAAGUUGGCGAACUGUUCGGGCUGCAUCGUUUGCGGAAACAAGACUAUAAGCAAGUGUUCGGGCUGUCUUUCUGUUGAAUAUUGCGGACGUGAUUGUCAAAAGUUGCACUGGAAAGAGCACAAACCUAUGUGCGUGUCCUUGAAAGGGGGAACGUGGCAUACAGUUACCGUGUCUACCGAGGCUCCGGAGAUCCGCAUAGCUUCUUUGCUCGAGGGCAAACCUCUGGUAGCGAACUAUCUCAACAACCAGAACCCUUUCCAUCCCAGCGCCUACAAAUCUAAAACAGAAGUUCAGUCGGCAGAUCCUACAUCCCUCCCUCCGAAUAUCCAUGGAGACCGCCCUUUCCUUGUCAAGAUACAGUGUCCUUUUAAUCCUGUAUUGCGGUCACUUGGGGGAUCUAUGUUGAUUUAUGAUAGGCAGCGGAGCUUCCACGCACAUUUCAGUGCGGCUGACGACCAGGCCACGUAUGAUGAAGCUAUGAAGCAGCCCGGGAUGGCGACGCAGCUCAAGAUCUACCGGUGGGCGAAGCGUGUCGGGGAUUGUCAGUUGAGUAUAUGCUUUGAUCGGCCCCCGUCGAAGGAUCCGCUGUGGUGA